AUGAAGGAUUCGCACAAGUAUAUCAUUGGGGGCAACCGAGGGUUCCUGAACCCAGGUCCUGAUGAACUUGCGAAGUUGGACAAAGUACAGUCGUCCAUGAGCUCGAAUAGCAAAAAGGAUAAAUUUCGCCGCCAUUGCAGAAGAUUCUGGUGCAUAUACCUCAUAGCCAACGUCGUGCUUUUGGCUAUAUUCUUGCCAGUCUUUUUUUUGGUUGUCAUUCCCGCGGUCGCCCAGCUUGUCGUCAACAAAUCGGACCUAUGGAUCGUCAAUGCAGAAAUCAUGAAUCCGACACCAACGACUGUGGUAAUGACACUAGCAGCCAAGGUAAACCUGAAACUUGCUCUUGCUGUCCGGCUGAACCCUGUCAUAUUCUAUACAUUUGUGCGUUCCUAUGGUCACGAGGACGCCUACAUGCAAAUCGAUAUACCCGGGCAAACGAUCAAAGGAAACUACACAUUGGGUGUCACAAACCAACAUACCCCUCUACAGAAUCUGACCACCUGGGAGGCCUUCGUGAACCAAACCGUCUUCCAGAAAGAGACAGCACUCUCCCUCUAUGGUAGUACCGAUGCAUAUCUUGGGGUGUUGAAGUCUCACGUUGUUCUUGACAAAGAUGUGAUGAUACCAACUCUGAACAAAUUCGAAGGAUUCUCCAUAACAGGGAGCACUCUUAUGCUGGGAGAAGAUGAGAAUCUUUCUGCAAAGCUCAUGCUCCCAAACCCUACCGCCCUUACAUUCGAAGUGGGCACCAUCACUCUCGAUCUCAAAAGCAGCGACACAGAUCUGGUCAUUGGAAAUGCCACGGUGAAGGAUGUUGUUCUUCGUCCUGGAAACAACACAUUUCCCCUGAAGGGUGUGAUCGAUAUCCGCAAUAUACUUGCAAAUCUUGUGGAUGUUCUUGCGUCACAAACUUCUGCCAUUGGAACUGGUGAUCUAUCACUGACGGCGGUUACCAGAACCAUUGUUUCAAACGGCACAUUAUUGCCGUACUAUACAAAGGUCCUCGGGUCGUUACCUUUAGUGGCCAGUGUUGGGAUCGGUGAUGUGCUCAAAAACACCAUCAAAUAUCUGGGCUCGGAUAACGAUCUCAACUUGACAGGAGCCCUGUCUAGUUUGAUUGACAACGACAAACGAAAGAGAGGCCCUGUCAUCUUGGAUACUCCGCGCAAGAAUGGCGGAGUGUUUGACCAUGACGCAUACCGGCAGGUUGCCCGUCUGAAAGAAAACCCGCAUGUUCAAAAGGCCUUCGGAGAUGAAAGUCCGAGCAAGCGAGACGUCAUGAUAAAUUCGUUAGCCAGGUACUAUGCUUUACUAUAA